AUGGAGGAAGGCUCCAAGGUCACGAGGGGGACGGUGGGACGGAGCGCCCCGGUAGACUGCAGGACAGUCUUCGUGUACAACCUUCCUCCAGGCACUGAGGAGGAGGAGAUCCGCUCGCUGCUGGAGGGCUGCGGGAACAUCCAGGGCGUUCGGAUCAACCAGACGGCUAUCUCGCGCACCGGAAUCCCUUCCUCUUUCGCCCAUGUCGACUUCGAAACGCACGAGCAGGCGCUGCGGGCGAUCGAGCUGAGGGGGCAGGACGUGGGAGGGAGGAGCGUGGGACUGACCAUGUCGCAUGCC